AGCAAAAAUGUACUAGCCCGUGGUUUGUAGUUACAGAAACCCCAUAGAUCUAGUAGGAGCAGUGGCGGCAUCAACCAGCCGCCAUUUUACAUCAUUGGGACCGGAGUGAAAGAACUCAAACCGACCAAGCCAAGCUAGGUAGUUGCUCUGGGCUGGGAGUCGUGUAUUCUUUCUUAAAUUUUUUGUUUAAAUAAGACCUACAAUUCAGAAUAAAUCUGCGCCGUGCACUCGUAACUAAGGAACUAUUAAAUGAUGUCUGGAGACAUGGCGACUGAUCAGGUGACCGAUCAUGUAAAUGGAAAUGUUACUGAGGAACCAAUGGACACAACUACAGUGGAGACACCUGAAGCUGUUAACCAUUCAGACCAUUUCCAGGCUUUAUUAGACUCUGGUUUACCACAGAAAAUUGCAGAGAAAUUAGAUGAAAUUUACUUAGCAGGCCUGGCUGCGCACAGUGACCUAGAUGAAAGGGCUAUUGAAGCAUUGAAAGAAUUUGACGAGGAAGGUGCCUUCCAUGUCCUGCUUCAGUUCAAGGAGAGCGAUCUGUCGCAUGUGCAAAACAAAAGUGCCUUUCUCUGUGGAGUAAUGAAGACUUACAGGCAGAGGGAGAAGCAUGGGACCAAAGUUUCAGACACCACAAAAGGACCAGAUGAGGCAAAAAUAAAAGCUCUGCUUGAUAGAACCAGCUAUACGCUUGAUGUGACGACGGGUCAACGGAAAUAUGGAGGACCCCCUCCAGAGGCAGUGUAUUCAGGUGCUCAGCCCACUGUUGGAACUGAGAUAUUUGUAGGGAAGAUUCCUCGAGACUUGUUUGAGGAUGAGCUGGUCCCACUCUUUGAGAAGGCAGGACCUAUUUGGGAUCUACGUCUUAUGAUGGACCCACUUAGUGGCCUAAACAGGGGCUAUGCCUUCAUCACUUUCUGCACUAAGGAGGCAGCCUCAGAGGCAGUAAACCUGUGUAACAAUCAUGAAAUACGGCCCGGCAAACACAUUGGAGUGUGUAUAUCUGUUGCCAAUAACAGGCUCUUUGUCGGUUCCAUCCCCAAGAGUAAAACGAAAGACCAGAUUGUGGAGGAGUUUGCUAAAGUCACAGAGGGUCUUCAUGAUGUCAUAUUGUACCAUCAGCCAGAUGACAAAAAGAAAAACAGAGGUUUUUGCUUCUUGGAAUACGAGGACCACAAAACUGCUGCUCAGGCCAGACGGAGGCUAAUGAGUGGCAAGGUGAAGGUCUGGGGAAACGUGGUUACUGUAGAAUGGGCAGACCCUAUUGAGGACCCGGAUCCAGAGGUCAUGGCCAAGGUCAAAGUUUUGUUUGUCCGAAACCUUGCAAACAGUGUCACAGAAGAAAUACUUGAAAAAUCCUUUGGUCAGUUUGGUAAACUGGAGCGAGUGAAAAAGCUAAAAGAUUAUGCCUUCAUUCACUUUGAUGAGCGGGACGGAGCAGUCAAGGCCCUGGCUGAAAUGAAUGGCAAAGACCUAGAGGGAGAGCACAUUGACAUAGUCUUUGCAAAGCCCCCCGAUCAGAAGAGGAAAGAACGUAAAGCUCAGAGACAAGUAGCCAAAACAAACAUGUACGAUGACUAUUAUUACAACUACGGGCCGCCUCAGUUGCCGCCUCCUACAAGAGGAGGCCGGGGCAGAGGAGUUGGCAGGGGAGGGUAUUCUUACGCCCCCGACUACUACGGCUACGAGGAUUACUACGACUACUAUGGCUACGACUACCACAACUACCGCGGCGGGUACGAGGACCCCUACUACGCCUACGACGACUUUCAGGCUCCCGUUAGAGGAAGGGGGGGCAGAGGUGCGCGCGGGGCACCCCCAGCCAGAGGCCGCGGCGGGUCGGGCUCCCCCAGGGCCCGAGGUGUCUACUCCCCGCGCGGCGGCGGCCCCGGGUCGGGCAGAGGCGGCGUGCGAGGUGCCAGGGGAGGCGCGCAGCAGAGAGGUCGCGGCGGGGUACGUGGUGUGAGGGGUGGCCGCGGUGGAAAUGUGGGAGGAAAGCGCAAAGCUGAUGGGUACAACCAGCCAGAUUCCAAGCGGCGCCAGACCAAUAAUCAGAACUGGGGCUCUCAUCCCAUUGCUCAGCAACCGCUCCAAGGUGGUGAUCAUUCUGGUAACUAUGGUUACAAAUCUGACAACCAGGAGUUUUACCGGGAUUCUUAUGGGCAACAGUGGAAGUAGAACGCCAGGGCUUUGAUUCCCAAUCCUCUUUUAGAUAGUUGAUCUGAUUGGUCCCAAAUCCAUACGGUUGCCUCCCUACUAUUCAGUUUGGUGACAUCUGGCAAGUUUUGUCUUGUAUAUAUUUUAAUAAUCCGCUUGUAUUUGAACAGUACACACCCUCCCACCUGAUCUGGCAACAUUUUUAUUUAAUUCUAGUUUUAAUGCGAUUUCCAUAAUCAGGUUUGAAACUUUGCAAACAAAAUUUGCAAUCAUGUGCUGCAGCUGUCUAUUUGGCUCUGUUAUGUAUGCUUUUAGCGAUUCUGGUCUCCAUGUCUAAAGUAGCUAAUGGCAACGAAGCUUAUGUCUCCAAAUGGAAUUAAUUUGUAUGUUACAGAAGAUAGUGCUAUGAAAUGCAGUUUCUUGUUUUUCAAGAAGGAAAAAAAAGAGGACUCCAGUCCUAUUUAUUUAUUUUUUGGCUUUACAUUUUGGCUUGUAUUCUUUGCUGUUUGUCUGCUUUUAAUAAACAUACACGCACAAGUGUACAAAACUUCAAAUUGUGUUGCAAAUUCAUGUUUUGGCAAAUUCUCUCUUCAAAUUGCCUUACUUAAAGGCUCCUUGUGGAAGAAAAUGACUAAAGGUUUGCCUAUUGUAGACACAUGCUGCAUUUUUGCAUGCCAUAAGAUUGUCAAUCACCUAGUACAGCAAUCCAUAUUUCCACAUAAGUAUGUGUACUGACAUACUCUCAUUUCAGUACAUUUUUUUAUUUUUUUUCAAUUUGUAUUUAAAGAUGUUUUUUAAAUUUCCAAAAUAAAAAUGUAGCAUAAUUCAAUUGAUUUUGUUGAAGAAAUGCUUCAAAAAGAAGUGUGGAAUCUGAGAGAUUGUCCCUUUGGCCAUUAAAGCACAAUUUGUGAAGCUUUUCUUGUUCCCACUAGGAUAUAUGUAAUUACUGGUAGCCUUAACACUGAUCUUGCAUGUUUCUAAUAAAAAUCCUAACUGAACAUUGAUAGAUAAUUGGUAUGCAUGUAUGUAUUUAGUGCUUUUUGCUUGUAGUUUGGCCCCUAACUUGACUGGUCACCUUUUGAAGAAUGCAGCAGUGUGACUGUUCUGCUUGACUUUUUCCUGAACACAGACCUGUUGCAUGGCAAAGAGCUGAAUGUUUAGAACAAUGGCUUUUUUCUUUUACUCAAAUGGUUUGGUCAUUUUAAAUUUUGCAGGACACCGUUAACUGUAGUUACAUGUUGUGUGGUCUUCAGCUGUAAUCCAUAUUCUAAUUGCGUCCUUUUGUUACCUGACUAGCAGGGAAAAGGGGUCGAGGCCGGUCCUGACCUGUCACUAUGAAGACUGACCUGAUACUCUAUGCGGGGUUACACCGGAAGCUGCCAGUGGAAAUUGAUGGUAAGGUCAACUUGAUGGUCCAGUGAUUUUUCCAGCCUUACAGGAGCACAUCUCCCAGAAUCGCCACAAUAGAAUACGAUCAAAUGACCAAACUUUUCACUUGCCUGGACUUAUUGAUAUAAGCUUGCCACCUACCCCCUUCCCUUGUCCCCAAAGAAUAUGCCAUGACUAUGAAUGAAGAUGUUGAGAUUUCCCAGCGGACUCUUCAUCUUGAAAUGAAAUGUAGUUGUCUUUUGCACUUUUGUUGUAAGUUUGAAGUGGCUCAGAUGAGCUUGAUCCUAAUGUAUAUUUUGUGCUUAAUAAUUCAGCUUUAUGAUGGAAUAGACAUGUUUAAUCCUGUUUUGAGUUGGGUUGGAUAUUUUGCAGGUUUUUAGUGUACAACUUGCCGUAAAUGAUUAGGCAUUCCAGAAAGUGGUUAUUUUCAGCAAUUGUCUUCGAAGGGUUGGUUAACUACCUCACUGCAGAGGAUUCUACUGCCCUGUCUGUACUGUAUAUAGGAAGGCUUUGAUAAAAGCAGGGCUUGACCCAAACUGCCACCCCUAACAGGUGGUGUCUGGCAACAGCAGAGCACGUUUCGCUCAUGUAAGGAGUGAAAGAACAAGCCCUGUUUUUAUCUGGUUUGAACUGAAUUGGCUAUGUGCUUCUUCAGAUAAUGUAGUUACUGGUUGUACAAUAGUUUUAUCAUAAUGUUACUUUUGUAAAAACCUUAAACAGAAAGACAUUACUGCGUUGCAGUGUUCCUUUUUUCUUUCCUUGUUGGGGUAGUAUGUCUUAACUUUUGUAUAUGAUCACAUCCUUUUUGUAAGGUUGCAGUGCGCCUACUUUGUACAGAUAUUUUCCUAAUCAUGUUUCACAACAUGAAUGUAGAUCAGCCUUCCAACAAGCUGCCUUUUUGUCAUGUUUGAUGUGACAAGUGUCUUGAAUCUCCAUCAUAUUGAGCAUGUGAUUAGUUGCAGUUGAAUAUGACUGGGUUUAUCCAGUUAAAGGGGAUACUGCAGCUUUCUGUUGCAUAACCGAGAAAGGAACUUGAUCAGGUUUUACUAUGUUGACUCCUCAGUAAGUCUGUAUCAUCAUAAACAACUCUUUGAAACGAUGUUUCCAGUUUUAAACAAUUGUAAGUGUUUUUGCAUUCUUGCAAAUAAAUUGUUUUAUACUGUAAAGUGAGAGGAUUACCUUGUUUUAAAAACAAAUAAAAGUCUUG